UGUACUUUUGACAGUGAUUUUCUCCUCGUUUCUGCGCACAUGGCGGCCGCCAUUUUCGCCCCCCGCUCGUGCACUUCCCAGUCUCACUCCCGCAAAUUCUAUGUCCGUUGCUUCAGUCUCCCUAAAUUCUCUCGUUUACACCUCGAUCGCACAGCUCGGCCGAGUCUAUUGAUAACAAGAUUGCGAAUUAAUCCCCAGAAAACAGAGAAACUCCGAUUGCGGGUCGUGAAAGCCGAAGCCGAAGGGGAAAAGGCUUCGCGUGUCGAGGAGAACGAGUUCGCAAAGAAUGAAAUUACCAGUCUGGUGGGUGAAGAUUCUGCAAAGUUUGACCCGUCCCAGCAGAAGGUUUCUUCGUGGUUGUAUUUUUCGGGGGUUCUGGGGCUCGUUCUUUAUGUUCUUAAUGUGACUUGGAUAGAUAACUCCACUGGGUUUGGCAAAUCUUACAUCGAUGCCGUUUCCAGAAUAUCCGAUAGUCCAGAGGUUGUAAUGUUAGUUCUUACUCUCAUUUUUGCUGUAGUCCAUAGUGGUUUGGCUAGCCUCAGGGACACAGGUGAGAAACUCAUUGGAGAAAGAGCAUACCGUGUGUUAUUUGCCGGCCUGUCUCUACCAUUAGCUCUUAGUACUAUCGUUUAUUUCAUCAACCACAGAUAUGAUGGUUUGCAGCUAUGGCAGCUUCAGGAUUUUCCCGGAUUGCAUGAUCUUAUUUGGUUCUCUAACUUUGUUUCCUUCCUUUUGCUUUAUCCUUCAACCUUCAAUUUGUUAGAGGUUGCGGCCGUUGACAAACCCAAAAUGCAUCUCUGGGAAACUGGAGUAAUGAGAAUCACUCGGCAUCCACAGAUGGUUGGACAAGUUGUAUGGUGCCUUUCACACACUCUUUGGAUUGGAAACUCGGUUGUGGUAGCAGCAUCCAUAGGAUUGAUUGGACACCAUCUGUUUGGUGCUUGGAAUGGAGAUAGAAGGCUGGCCAUGCGGUAUGGUGAAGCUUUUGAAGCUGUAAAGAGCAGAACCAGCAUUAUCCCCUUCGCUGCAAUUCUUGAUGGUCGUCAAAAGUUACCUGAGAAAUACUGGAAGGAAUUUAUCCGAUUGCCAUAUAUGUCAAUUACUGUGCUGACCUUAGGUAUUUACUUCGCACAUCCAUUAAUCCGGGCUGCAAGCUCGCAACUUCAUUGGUAGUUUAAUGCUUGUUAUCACUUAACAGGUAUUCGAAAAUAAACUAAUUGAGCUCUUUAUGGCCCUUUUGGCUUGAAUUGUUAUUAGUAAAUCGAUUUGGCUUA